AAUUAUAUCCUUUUGGUGUCAAAAAUGGUGAUGUAGAAAUUAAGAAGGGAGAUAACUAUGCCGAGAACUUUACACUCAGCGAACCGCUACCAUUGUUUUUUUAUAACGUAACUCAAAUUUAUGUUAGUACGAACGGCUUAAUAUCUGUUCAAAAUGGUAUAACAUUCAACAUCAGUCUUCCAUAUCAUGAAACAGUGAUUGCACCGUAUCAUAUGAAUUUCGAUACACUACAAGGAGGUUCAAUAUUCUAUCGAGAAACUAAAGAAAGAAGCAUUCUGUCACUGAUAAACAAGGACAUUAAAAGAACUGGCUUGGAAUUUGAAUGUACACGAGUCAUAAUUGUAACUUACAUUGACGUUGCCCAUCAUGACAUACCAACACAGAAACAUACAUUUCAAGUUGCCAUCGUUACUAAUGAAAAUGACACAUUCAGUAUUUUCAAUUAUAUUAGACUUGAUCGAACUUACGCUGUGACUGGUUUCUCUGGACAGCGUUGCUACUGGAUGACGUUUAAUCGCUACACAGAAUGGACACCCACUCUUAGUUAUUACUUAGAGGAUAGAUCGAACAUUGGAGUUAAAGGAAAAUUUAUAUUCUCUAUGAGCUCUUACAUGUGUAACGAUGAAGGCAAUAUAAAUGAUCGAUGGUUAUCAGAUGCACCAUACGAUAUAAACGUUGCAACAAUGACCUACACUGAUGUUGGUAUAAAAUGGAGACACUUGGAUAAUAUGUCAGAUGCUUACUUGAUGGAACAUCCAAAAGACUUUGUCAUUAUCAUAAACGCUGCAGAAAAGUGGCAUUCUUCAAAAUAUGUAUAUAGAUCGAAGUUCAGCAUCCUUGGUCCUCUGGAACAAAACAUUACAUAUCAAGUUAACAUAUACACAAAAAGACGUGGUCUUUAUUUUAUGCCAGGGAAACCAUCAAUUAUAUAUGUUUCGAGUGUUCCUUUAGAACCUGUCCAUAAUUUAACUAUAAAACAGACCUCGUCGGAAAAAGCAAUUGCGUAUUGGAAAGUACCAGAGCAUCUACUGCUAGAUACGGUCAUUGGUCAACUGAUGAUUGUCCAUAAAUACACACGAAAUAUGGAAAUGGAAGAGGAAGUUAAUGUCACAAAUGCAUGCCAAGAGCAAUUCGAAUUUUCUGGAUUUGUGGGCUCUACGCACAUUAUAGAAGUGGUACCUAUUAUUGACGACCGGUUCGGACCAGUCGCCAAUUCUUCGCACAUAUUCACUAGUGAACUUCUGCCCAAUGACGAUAACGAUAUCACAACUGAGCUGAUCAUCAUUAUCGCAAUUGCAACUACACUAAUUGGAAUAAUAAGCUUUGCAUUUGUUUGGUAUAAAAGAAGCCACAGACGGAAGUUUGAUGCCUACUUAAUGCCAGCAAGUAAUAAAGUGAUCGACACUUCGAAAACAAUCCUUGAGCAAUGUCACAAUCUCAACUACGAUUUAAAAUUCGAAUUUCCAAGAAAUAAAUUACACUUAGUUCGAACUAUUGGUGAGGGUGCAUUUGGUCAGAUGUGGAUGGCGACUGCUGAGGGGAUGAAUGUUUUUAAACCAAGAGAGACAAAAAAGUCGAGAAGUAUAUUAAGACAUUUCAAAGGAAGUGUUCUCAAGAAGUCAGUGGUGGCUAUAAAAUGCUUAAAAGGUAAUGCAGCCGAAGACGACUACAAGGAUCUGGCUAAUGAAAUAAAAUUGCUUAUCCAUCUUGGUGAACAUCCAAAUAUUGUUAAUCUUCUCGGUGCUUGCACAAGAGGAGAAAGCCUGCUUGCAAUUUUGGAAUAUUGCGGAAAGGGGUGCCUAUUGGAAUAUCUUCGAUUGAACAGAGAUCAAUUCGAACCCACCUGGGUAAGACAUGAUGAUGAAGAUUUAAAUCUGUAUGAUUUGACAUGGAUUGCUGUUCAAAUUGCUCAUGGGAUGGAUUUUCUUGAACAGAAAAAGUGCGUUCACCGCGACUUAGCCGCAAGAAAUGUUCUUUUAACCGAGCGCAUGGAAGUGAAAAUAUCAGAUUUUGGACUAGCUAGGGAUACUGAUAAUAAAAGUUUUUACUUGAAAGAAAGUGAUGGUUUGCUUCCAGUCAAGUGGAUGGCACCAGAAGCAAUUGUUGAUCGAAUGUAUACUUCAAAGAGUGACAGUUGGUCAUUUGGAAUUGUAAUGUGGGAAAUUUAUUCACUUGGUUCUGUACCGUACCCUUCUUUAAAAAACUCAAGUGUAGUGACAUACCUCAAGACCGGUCAGCGCAUGGAAAAACCGAAACAUUGUCCUGCAGCAGUGCGCGAGUUGAUGUUUCAGUGUUGGUCCAUCUUGCCAGAUAUGAGAAUGUCAUUCGCUGAGUUGAGAGAUAAACUGGAUCAGAUUCUUUUGCAAAAUGAAACAAGCACAUUGGGUGGCGUGUCUAUGGCAAGAAUAUUGGACUUUGCACCAAAACAUGCUGAAACGAAAGAUGAAGUGGAGAAUGAACCAAUGGUGGAAUAUGGGGAAACACAAGAUGACACGACAUCUGACAUAUCGUCUACAAAAGAUUCAACUAGCGACGUUAUUGAAGCUGGCUCUUCUGAAGAUUAUCUCUUCUUAACCGUUGACACAGACUAAAUAUGGUGACAUUGUGACAGUUAAAUUUCUAGACUUUCAUGUUUUUGAAUAAAUUAGUCUUUGUACAUAUUAGCUAACAUAUGGAGUGAAAAUAUAAAAUAUCAAAGCAGGCGUACAGAAGGAUUGACGUUGGAAGAAAAAGAUAAAUUCUUAUUACUACGGGUUAAAUUGUCUUGUUAGGCCUUUCUAUUCCAGCUUAGAAAAAGGGCAAUGUUUCCAACGGGUGUAAAUUGUUUUAUGUUAAU